GUUCCAAUUUUAUCAGAUUUUCUUCCUAGCGACUGAGUGGGCUGCGAUAAUAUGGCUAGGGUUGAUAGUGGAGCAAUGUCUGACGGGAGAGAUCCGGCGAUCAAGCUAUUUGGGAGGAAGAUACCGCUGAUGGAGGAGCAGUCGCUGGUGGAGGAAGGGGAAGUUGCUGAUUUGGCUUCGGCGAUGGAGCCGAUGAAGGCGGGGGAGAUGGAUGCCUGUAAAGAAAUGGGAAACACUGAAGUCUUCGCAAUCGAAACCCCAAAGGAUUUGGACCCAAAGGAAUCAUUCAACUCAUCUUGCAUGGGCAAUACCAUUGAAGAAGACCAGAAAACCUCAACUGAGUCUGCAAAAGAAGCUGAAGAGCUGAAGCCCGAACAGGAUAACAAAGAGACUGAAGCUUCAGGUGAAGAUAAAGUUCUGAAGAAACCAGAUAAGGUUCUUCAAUGUCCACGCUGCAACAGUAUGGAUACUAAAUUCUGUUAUUAUAACAAUUACAAUGUCAACCAACCAAGGCACUUUUGUAAGAACUGUCAAAGAUAUUGGACUGCUGGAGGAACAAUGAGGAAUGUUCCUGUGGGUGCUGGAAGGCGUAAAAAUAAGAACACUUCCUCAUGCUAUCGGCAUACGGUGCUUACGCCCGAUGCAGUUGCAUCAGUUCAAGUUGAUGGCUCUGAUCUACCCCAUCAUGAAGCUUCUGCAUGUGGCUUUAGUUCCAACAAGAGGGCACCCCUGAACUGUAACGGUACCAUACUAAAAUUUGGACCAGACGUGCCUCUUUGUGAAUCCAUGACCUCCGUGCUCACUCUUGGAGAACAGAAGAGAGCUUCAGAGUUGGGCUUCACAACCAGGGAAAAUAGAGAGGAACCCUCAUGUUCAUCACCUGCUACAGUUUCUAAACAUGCAGAAAAUGGUUUUCUUGAAGAUGCGGAGCAAAAGGCCUCUCAUUUAUACCAAAAUGGACUUGCACCCUUGCAUCACCUGCAAUGUUUCUCAGUGCCUCCUUGGGCAUUCGCCUGGAAUCCAGGAUGGAACAACUUUGCUGCGGCCGCUGCCGCCGCCGCCGCCGCUGCUGCCAUGGCAGCAGAUGGGAGCUCAUCUGAGCCUGUUCCUGGACAAGAAACCGGCUUUGUUGCACCAAUGUCAUGGACUCGUCCGCCAUUGGUGACCGCUCCUGCUUUCUGUACUCCUACAUUUCCAUUUCCAAUAGUACCUGCUUCCUUUUGGAGCUGCAUGCCUGGCUGGACUAAUGGACCAUGGAAUGUACCUUCAGUAGGAAAGAACAAUGGAUUGUCACCAUCAUCGUCUGCAAGCACCAGCAACUGCUCUGGAAAUGGUUCUCCGACUUUAGGUAAGCAUUACAGGGAUGCUACUUCUAAGGUGGAGGGGAAUGCUGAGAAGUCCUUAUGGGUUCCCAAAACUUUAAGGAUUGAUGAUAUUGAUGAGGCUGCAAAGAGCUCAAUUUUUGCCACCCUCGGUAUUAAACCUGAUGAAGGUGGUUUAUUCAAAGCCUUCCCUUCCAAGUCUCGGAAGGCAGAAGCUGCAGAUCCCACACAGCUGUUGCAUGCCAAUCCAGCAGCAUUUUCUCGUUCUCAAAGUUUUCAUGAGACCACCAUAUAAUUUGCUAAUGCUUUGUUAGCUUUUCUUUUAUUGAUUCAAUAACGCUGUGUUUUGUUGUCGGGAAAUUUACACAUGUAGCACACAAUUCUUAUGUAC